AGGCAGCAGGGUGUUUUCUUUUCAGUUUUGUGUAUUCUGUGUUUUUAUAAAAGCACAUGUUUUUCUCCCCAAAGAGCUUCUUUUCUGACCCCAUUCUGACUGUUAGGAAAGAUACAAGUUUGUGCAAGCAACUGAAGACCAGAAAGGAUACAGGCUUGCAAUUCAUGUUAGCUUCACUAUGAACCCUUAUCAAGUGGAUCUUGAAUAUGAGAACCUGGCAGUUGUAGACGAGGCCCAGGACUCUGUUUGUCUGCGGCUCAAGGAGUCGUGUCCCAGCAGCCAUGCAUCUCUGGAGAUGGAGGCCUUGGGGAAGUGCACAGGAAAUCUAGUUAUUCAGAUCAAGGACAGGCCAGCUGAGGUGGAAACCAGGGAUAACCCUUCACAGACCAACCCACUGAGGAGGAACCACUGGUCUGCUGCCACCCAGAAAGUCCUUUUCUCCAUGCCCAGUCGUGCUGUAGGACGGAGUCAAGUAGCCAUCAUCAGCCAGGGCACACAUUGUUCCACUCAGCCGUGCAGGACCAGGCAGAGGGUGCAAAACCCUAGGAUCUCCACCAGCACCAGCACGAACAAUGUUCUGUCAGACUCUGAAAACGGCGGCGAAGAGAACAAGAAGGAGCAGCUGGUGAAAACCCUGCUGAGUCUGUCAGUGAGAGAUCGUGUUUGUAGGCUCCGUGCUAUGCCUCUCAGUCUGGCCGCCAAAACUGAGCUGAAGAAACUUGCGGUGAACGAUCAAGUGGGUAACUCCCUUUCAGGCAGACAGGUUCCAUACUGUGAGUGCCUCAAGGUUCACAUUGCAAAGGCUUGUCGUCAUGGCACGUACAGCUGCCUCCCCUUCCUCAGUUCUCUGCAGUUGGGGCAGGGGGCGCUGAAGAGGCUCGGCGGUCGUUUCGGCACAGGAGUGCUGUCCUAUUUCCUUUUCCUCAGGACCCUUGUGUGCUUCAACAUUCUCCUUUUCCUCAGCGUUGGCGUGUUCCUCGUCCUCCCCCAGGCUAUCCACAGUCCCUACCACCCUCCCAGCCAGCACAGAUACGGGAUGGAGCUUCUUACUGGGAUGGGUCGCCUCUCGACGAGUGUGAUGUUCUAUGGCUACUACACCAACUCUACCAUCACCUCUGACAACCCUCUGAUGUUGCCCUAUAACAUACCCUUGGCCUAUUUCUGCACUAUUGGGAUUGCUUUCUUUCUCACCUGUGUCAUACUUGUCUACAGCGUGUCCAAGUCCUUUGGGAGGAGUUUUAGUGUGCUCACGUCUCACGCAUAUUUGGCACCUAAAGUGUUCUGCUCCUGGGAUUUUAAAGUCAGCAAGAGGGCAUCCGUCCGACAUCAGUCGGAGAACCUCAGGACUCAACUGAAGGAGAUUCUGUCCGAGCUGAGCAGUGGAGAGGAGGAGAAGGGCUGGAUGCAGCGUCUGAGGAGAACAGUGGUCCAGUUAAUAGCAUGGGCUGUGUGCCUAGGCUCUAUCCUAUCCUGUGCCCUCUUCAUCCAUUUCAUAUAUCUGCAUGACCAGAAUCCAGCAAAGAAGGAUGUUCAGCUCGUUUUGGUGGCUGAAGCCCACCUGCUAAUGAUGCCAGUAUUGGUGUCGUGUAUUAACCUGCUGCUACCUGGCAUCUUCAACUUAAUGUCCUGGGUGGAGAACUAUGACUCACCUAGCUUGUGCAUCUAUGUAGCCAUAUUAAGGAAUCUGUUGCUGAAGGUGUGUGUCCUGGGAGUGCUAUGCUACCAUUGGCUUGGACGGAUACCGGCAGAUCCUGGCAAAACGUGCUGGGAGACCUUUGUUGGUCAGGAGCUGUAUCGCUUCCUGCUCAUGGACUUCAUCUUCACUGUGCUUUACACGCUGUUUGGAGAAUGUCUGUGGAGGAUAUUUUCUCAAGCCGUGUUGAAAAGUAGGAGGAAACCGGCUUUUGACAUCGCUCGCAAUGUCCUGGAACUAAUCUACGGACAAACACUCACCUGGCUAGGUGUUCUGUUUACGCCGUUACUACCAGCAGUGCAGAUCAUGAUGUUGCUGUUAUUGUUCUACAUAAAGAAGAGAAGCCUGAUGGUCAACUGUCAGGCGUCCAGGAAGCCCUGGAGGGCCAAUCAGAUGAGCACCCUCUUCAUGUCUCUUCUCUUUUUCCCUGCAUUCUUGGGCGCUGCCGUGUCUGUGAUAUACACCAUCUGGACGAUCAAACCCUCUCCAGAGUGUGGGCCCUUCAGGAACCUCAGCACCAUGUUCCAGUCUAGCAGACAGUGGGCCCACCCCAGCCUGGCGUGGCUCAGCUGGGCCCAGACCUACCUGGUGGAGAACCUUCUUAUCCUGUUCUUGGUUGCAGGGGUCUUCCUAACGGUAAUCUACCUUCACAUGCAAAUUUUAGACGGGCAGCGAAAAAUCAUCGGACUGCUACAGGAGCAGAUAGAAAAUGAGGGGAAAGACAAAGCUUUUCUAAUUACAAAAUUGCAGGCCAUCCAUGAGGAAAGGCAUCCUCUUCCCUCUUCUAGCCAUUAACCUCAGGGCAGAGCGGCUUGAUGAUAAUUGAAACUUUAUUAGACAUCACACACUGCACAACCAUCAGACAGAGGGCAUCCAAUCAGCCCAUGACAUCAAACCCAUAGUCCACCUGUGUACAUGCAAAACUAUAUGUACAUACAUUUCUUUGUUGUCCAUCUGCAGGAAGUCCAGUCAUUAUAUGAUAGUGUAUUAAUGUUUACCUUUUAAUUGUGUAUGUUAUAAACUAUUUUAAUGCUGAUUAAAUGGUCACAAAGCAUGUUCAAUGUUUUGGUCAUCAAAUAUCCUGUUGGUGAUGUUGAGCAUGUUUACUUAAAGGCCUCUUUGAAUUACAGUUGCUUUUUGGUGUAACAUCAUUAAAUCAUUGUUUAACACAACUGUCUUAUACAAUGUUAAACUCUUUGGAACAUAGAAA